UCAAGUACUUUACAUCUAAUCAAAAAGAUGGCUGACAUCAAAAAGAAUCUGUUGUUGCUAUUUGAUCGUCCAAGUGAACCGGUUUUCACGACCAAAGGCGACAAUGUAAAGUUUGAGUUGUCAGAUCGUUUUUAUACGGAACGUUACAAGCCGAUUGCCAGUGAAAUUGCCAAUCGGUUUGACGAUGUGAACGAACGAAUUCCCGUGAAAAAUAUUACGCCGCCAAAUAUUAACGCAAUUACGGCACUGGCACGGGAUGAACCGUUUUCUUUGUGGAUUGCAAGACAUCGAAAAUUGGCUGGGCAGAUGAUUGAUAUCUUUAUGGGAGUUCGCAACACUGAAGAUCUUUUAGCUGUCGCCUGUUACGCCCGUGAUCGCGUAAAUCCCCAACUGUUCCAAUAUGCCUACGCCUGUGCUUUGCUCCAUCGUCCCGAUACCAAAGACGUCGCAAUUCCUUCGUUAAUUGAAACCUUCCCAAGCAAAUUUGUCGACUCCAAGGUCAUGGGACGUCUACGCGAAGAAACUUACGUCGUUGAUCCGAAUAAUCGUAAACCGAUUCGCAUUCCUCGCGAUUACACGGCCUCCGAUUUGGAGCCUGAACAUCAGCUAUGGUACUUCCGCGAGGAUCCCGGACUAAAUUUGCAUCACUGGCAUUGGCAUUUAGUUUAUCCCUAUGAAGCUUCCAAUCCAGCUCUUGUCAAUAAAGAUCGUCGUGGCGAACUUUUCUUCUAUGCGCAUCAACAAAUCAUCGCGCGUUACAACACGGAGCGUUUAGGAAAUCGCUUGCAACGCGUCCAACGCUACAAUGACUUCCGAAAACCGAUGCUCGAAGGAUAUUUCCCUAAAAUGGAUUCUUCAGUGGCAACUCGGGCAUGGCCAGCACGUUCCGAUAACACUUUCUUGUCGGAUAUCAAUCGCGAAACUGACCAGAUCCGUUUGGAUAUCGCUGAUCUCGAGCGUUGGCGUGAUCGGAUCUUCGAAGCGAUCCACCAGAUGGCAGUUCAAAACACUUCAGGGCAGAGAAUUCCCCUGACAGCUGAUGGAAAUACGGAUUCUGGUAUCGAUAUCUUAGGAAAUAUCGUGGAAUCAAGCUCCUUAUCUCCAAAUCGUCAAUACUACGGAACUUUACAUAAUGAAGGUCACGUGAUCAUCUCGUUCGCUCACGAUCCAACGAACAAACAUUUGGAAUCGUUUGGUUUGAUUAAUGAACCAGCGACGGCAAUGCGUGAUCCGAUGUUCUAUAGAUGGCAUGCGUUCAUCGACGACAUCUUCCAAACGUAUAAGGAACAAUUGCCGCCAUAUACCGCGGAGCAACUCACGUGGCAGAACAUUAAUGUGACAGCGGUGGAGGUUCAACCAAGACAAGGACCCAAAAAUACUUUCCAAACGUUCUGGAAUCGAAGUGCGGUUGAUUUUUCGCGCGGGUUAGAUUUUCAACCACGUGGUUCGGUUUACGUUGAGUUCGAUCAUUUGAACCAUACGCCGUUCAUGUAUCGCAUUCAAGUGGAAAAUCGUACGAGACAAACGCGUCUUGGCAUGUGUCGUAUUUUUAUGGCGCCCAAGAAUGAUGAACGGAAUGUCGGGAUGUUGUUCAGGGAUCAGCGCGUUUUGAUGAUUGAAAUGGAUAAAUUUAUCGUGCAAUUAAAUCCUGGUUCAACUGUCAUUCAACGAAAUUCUGACGCCUCAUCCGUAACCAUUCCCUUCGAGAUGACUUUCCGUAAUGUCGAUGCGAAUCGUCCUGCUGCUAAUACUCCUGAAGCUGAUCAAUUUAACGUUUGCGGUUGUGGAUGGCCCCAACACUUGCUCGUUCCCCGUGGUCAAACAGGUCCCGGACAAGAUUUCCAACUUUUCGUAAUGAUUUCCGACUAUGAACAGGACAAAAUUGAUCAAGAUUUGGUUGGAACCUGCAAUCAAGCAGCGUCCUUCUGUGGCAUUCGAGACCGAAAAUAUCCCGAUAGACGUCCCAUGGGAUAUCCGUUCGAUCGUGUACCACGUGCGGGAGUUGAUACAAUGAGCAGUUUCUUGACACCGAACAUGAAAUUGCAAGACGUGAAGGUUGUCUUUACGGAUCAAAUUCGCCCAAGACCAAAUUAAAGAAUUUUUACAUUCCAAUGAGUUUCUCGCAACAUUUUUAAUCGCAAUUUAAUCAAGAAAUAAAGAGAAUGUUUAGAAAAAUAUGAGUUUUUUUUAUAAAAAAAAACAA